ACUGAGAAAGGACCACCACAGCGUCGGACAACCCAUGCUCGAUUGAGAUUUUUUCAUCAUUUGAUGAGGGAGAUCCGCUGGAACGCUCGCUUUGGGGCCUUGUGAGAACAUCUGGUCCGAUACUGGACCUCACCAUCGGCCACCACCCACGACCAUCUAUCCCUGGGCUGGCCCAAACCUCAGGAAACAAGCCAGACUACAGGACAGUCCAGCAAAGCAGACACGCCGCUCGCCCGUUCCGCUCUGCCAUAGGCCCCGGAAGGAACCGCAGGCAUGCCGUUCGACGACGACGACGACCCGCUGCAGGCGCCUGGCCUGCCUGCCGCCCAGCCCAUCGCAGGGGGUGCCGCGCGCAACCUCGAGGAUGAAGACGGCAUGGAGGACGAUGGGCUGCCCGACUACAAGCUCUUUGCGGCCAUGUUCGAGAAGAGGGGCGUCUCGAGCAAGACGAUCCGCAAGGGCGAGAAGGACUUUGAGUCGCACGGCACGCGCGCCCAGGACGGCGCCCUCGAGGCGAGCCGCCGCGCCAUGGAGGAGGUGCUCGGGUACACGCGCACGCACCGCUCCGACGCGUGGAUACGGGCGUGGUACUUUCCCGACUGGUGGACCGUUGAAGCCGCAGACCGUCUGGCAGCGCCGGCGCCGGCGCGUGCUGCCACCACUGCUGGAGCCGCCGGCCGGGAGCAGAGCGGCCAGACGCAGCCUGAUGCCUGGCUGGCGGACCGCGUCGUCGUCAUGGAGCACGAAAAGGGCAGCUGGAUGAAAGACAUUGGCCGCACCGUCCCCGGGAGCAAAGACCGGCCAGGAGUCGGGCGCCUGUGGCUGCUCCCCGAAGAGGCUCUCUACCUCGUUGAGCGCGGCACCGUGGACCUGUGGUGGCCGGACCUGGAGCUGCCGGAGCUGCUUCCCGUGGGUGAGAUGCCGUCACCGGGUUAUGGCCACGACGAUUACGAUGUCGGGCUGCCACUGAGCGUGGAGGCGGCAUACUCACUACUCAUCGGCUACGACGGCGACAGGGGAAAGACGACUCUGGCGAAGUACCAGGUAUACACGCAUCUGAAGCGUGCGGGCUUUCACAUUCUACGAGCGCCGCCGGAUGGGUCAUCUACGACCGAGGAUAGGGACGAGUUGCAGGGCCGUUCGCCGCGGCAGAGUCUCUGGCAGUGGCUCUUCUCGUUCGUGCCGAGCUGGGAGAGAAGACCGAAGCGCGAUCCCAUGGGGCCCCUCGUUUCUCCCGGGCUAUAUCGCUCCUACGGCCCCAUCUACCAGCGCCUCGCGCUCCUCCCACGACACAAGCCUAGCCCGCGCCGCCCAGCGUCCAGUCACAGCGGGACGCAGGAGCCGUUCCGGGUACACUACCACGUGUGGAAGCCCGGCGGCGCGCCCUUUUCCAAGAAGAGCCCCCCGCCGCCCGACUUCCGCAUCGCCGUCGCCGACACGGCCGAGUCCGGGGUGCCGACGCUGGAGGAGGUCGACGCGCUGCUGGGGUCGACGCCGUGGAGCCCGCCGGGGGAGUCGAUGCGGGGGCCUGGCCGGCUGUACCAGCGGCUCAAGCACGGGUACCGCAACGUGCUGGUGGCGGUGGUGGACUGCGGGCUGGUCAACUUCAUGAGGUUCGGGGAGGCGGCGUUUGGUGAGGAGAGGCUGUUUGAGCGGUUCGAUGGCGCUGGUGGCGGCAGGGGCGGCAAGAAGAGCGGCCGGGGCGGCGGCGACAGGCAUUGA